AUGACUAGAAUUCAUGUAGAAACAGUUUUCCGUCUUCAAAAGAUUCCAAACAAUUUGGAGCAAGUCAGUCUAUCAGAAACGGCAACUGCUGAACGAGCCAUAUGGUUAUGGAUGACUAAAUCAUCAGGAAAAAAUCUAUGGAAAUGGUUCUGGGAUAUCGAAGUAGCCAUUCUUGACAACGCUUAUUUGAAUAACGAGAAAAGAGUCGAACUAGAUCACUGUACUGUAGAUUUCGAUCGAGGUUGGAAGUUGGAUAAAAUAGACGGUACUCAGACGCCUGUUAUCCGCUCUGUUAACCGUGAACACAAAGCAAAAGUUCGUGCAGAGUGGUACGCCGCACAGCAAUCGACAGAAAAUCCUGCAUUCUACAGCGACACAUACGGUGAUGAAACUGCUAUCAUUACCAAGUGUUUAUCGUUAGAUGCUAAUAUUUCUGCCGUUGCAAGUGGUAUUCUUUGUGAAGGAAGACUGAUUGGCAAACUCAUUGAAGCUGAUUAUAUUGCUAAAGAAUUAGAACAAGUUGCCAAUAAUGAUAGCUCUUUAGUUGGUUUGCAAUGUAUUCACCAGUACACGCGCAGCUCAUUUCUCAAUAAUAGUCUCAACUCGUUUUUGUGCAGUGAAGAUUUUAGUAAAGUCGAGACUCUUGGGCCUUAUCUGAAAUUACUCUUCCUUAAUUUUAAAAAAUAUCCUAUUAAUGUGGAUCAAAUGGUCGUCUAUCGCGGUAUUAAUCUUUCCUCAGAGGACAUUUUACAUUACCAGCAAGCUAUUGACAAGGGUAUAUUUCGAUGGUUUGGGUUUACAUCGACGAGCAAAAGCAGAAAAGUGGCAGAAUUCUACGACACGAACGUAUUAAUGAUCAUUCGUUUGAUAAAACGCUAUCCGAAUGACGGACGAGCUGUUGAUAUAGCGAUUUUAUCUCAAUUUCCUGAAGAACAAGAAGUGUUACUACGAGCGGGUGCGCAGUUCCGCGUCGAAAAAGUUGAACUUAACGAAGAACAGAAAAAACAUUUGAUUCAUAUUGAAGCUUAUGUAUGA